ACUGAGAAUAUCGUAUUUUUUUUCUUGAAUAUUUUUGUUAAGCUACACUCUAAGCUUUGAAGAAAUAAAAAUCAAAACACAAUCAUCUUAUCAGUUUUAUUUGGAGAACGUUACAAUAAUGAAGUCAACUUUUGUGAUUUUUAUUUUAAUAAAUUUAUUUUUAUUGACUUUCACUAAAAGCAUUGCUGAAGAAGAUGACAAUGCUAAAUAUUGUAAAGUAAAAGAACAUAGAAAUGUAAAAGUUAAAGCUGGUGAACAUUUAGUUCUUCCAGAAAAAUGCCAAAUAAUAAAAUGUGAUGAACAAGGAGAAAAGUAUACAAUCGAAAAAUCAUCAUCAGAAUGUGAUGACAACACUCUUGGACAAACAUAUCCGAUCCCUACAACUGAAAAACCUCGAGUUGAAGAAGCAAUGCAAAUGCAAAUUGUCGUCUACAAAAAAGAUAUUUAGAGAUCGGCAGUCACAAAAUUAAAAUUUGUAUAAUUGAACAUUUAAUUACAAAAAUUCAAUUUUCUAAAAUAAAAAAUUUAUAAUUAUAAAACAUAACCUUUCUUAAACUCUUUUCUCCGAUAUUAAAUUUUUUUAACAUUCAAGGAAACAAUAAGUAUAGAUUUGAUGGGAAUUUGAAAAUUUCCUUUAAAUAUUUGUUGCAAUUUUGUGAAAGUUAGUAAGAGAAGCCUUUUAAUCUGUAAGCCAAGAAAAAUGUAAAUUUGUUUUUUAUUUGAGAUUCAUUUUCCGCGACCCGAGUUAUAGAGUUUUUAGUUUUCGUAAUAAUUUAAUCAACAACCAAAGUUCAAAUAUUAAAUAUAAAAAAAUUCCGUAAAAAUACUUUUUACCAUAUCCUUAGAUAUGGUAAAAAGUAUUAUACCGGCCCUGCUGAAUUUUCUGAUUUUAAACCGUAAUAUUCCCGGAAAAUUUACUGAUUCAUUUAUUUAAUAGGAAUACAACUAAAGGAAAUAGAUUAAUUACAUAUCUCUCUGAACAUAAAAGAGAUGGGGAACCUGCGGCUUCUUUUGGUUUGUUAUACCGCCCUGUCUUUCAAAAUGAACUUUUAAAUAAUGAUUUCUUUCCGAAAUUUUUAUAAUUUAAAUUAAAUAUUAUUAAAGGUGUAAGAGUUAUUUCAGCAAAAAAUAUUUUUGUAAGCUUUUUUAUUUCCUUAAAAAUCCUUUUAAUAUUUUCAGGUCACAAUUCUGUAGAGGUAGGAAAUUACGGCAAAAGACUCUUGACACCAAAGAGCAAAAUAAAAAUCAUACUCAUAAAACUGUUAAACCGGAAUUGAUUCAAAAUAAGGAACAGUAAGAAUUUUGUUUGGUGUUUUAAUUCUAAUAUUGAAUUCGCUAGUAAGAAUUAUUAUGUAUGGUGGAUUCGCCUAAAAAUCUAGCAAAUAAGACAGUUUAGUGUUGUGUAUUCUGAAUUAGUCAAAAUUUUUGUGGCAUUUUUAUUUUUACAUAAAAUGUCAAAAGUAAGCAAAUUUGUCAAAUGUCUUUAUAAAAAAUUUUUAUUGCGAAAGUUUAUUGUAAAAAGAAAAAUGCUACCACUGAGCGGCAUAUAAAUCCACUUAACUCAAAAUAUUUCGGCAAGUAUGCGAAUUCGUUACACAUAAUAAGCCUAUUAAUUAUUUUAAGAAAUAUAUAUUUUUUUUCAAUAUUUUUAAACUUUAAAUUAAAUUAUUAAAGAUGUAAAAAAUAUUUGAGCAAAAUAUAUUUUUCAAACUUUUUUUUCUCUAAUACAUUUAAUAUUUUUAGAUUAUCAUGUCGAAGAGCUAUGAAAUCGCGGCAAAAUACUUUUGGGAUCAAAGAUACAGGUCUCAGAACUAAUGGAACAAAGUUAAUUGAAAGAAAACCACAGUAAGAAUUCUGUUUUGGUGGUUCAAUCUUCAAUAACUGGUUUUAGUUAAUUAUUUACGGCGAAUUCGCCGAGUAAUUUGGCGUAAAUAAUUAACUAAAACCAGGUUUGGUGGUAUUGUAUAUGGUGAAUUCGUCAAAUUUUUUUUUCGAAUUCAACAAAUAGCCUGCUAACUAACAAGUUCAAGAAUUUGUCAAAAGUUCCUAUACAGAAUUUUAUUGUGAAAAUUUGCUGUGAAAGGAAUAAACUAUCAUUGCGUGGCCUAUAAAGAAAUUCGUUUUGUAGGCCAAACAUAAUAAGUCUAUUGAUUAUUUAACCAAAUAUCUACUUCAGUAAUAUUUUUGCAUUUUCAAUUACAUUGAAUUCUAUUUAAUAUUCUUAGAUCACCAUGUCGAAGAGCUAUGAAAUCACGGCAAAAUAAUUUUGAGAUCAAAGAACAAGAUAUAAGUCUUAAAACGAGUGAACCAAAGUUGAUUGAGAAAAAACCACGGUAAGAAUUUUUUUAGUGUUUUAAUCCUUUAUAACUGAUUUUUAGGUUUAUUAUUUACGAUGAA